AUGGAGAACAAUAGAGCUCCGACUCCGAAUCCCAAUAGGGUCUCCCGCAUGGACUACGCCGAGUUCUUCCCCAAAGGAACUCGCGUUACUCCUCCUUCUGAAGAUGACGGCGCUCAGGCACGAGCUGGCAGUGGCCCCAAUCCUACCAUGAUCCCUCACUACAACCCGGGUGAAGGACACAAGACUCUCGUCGCAGGUGCCGCCGGCUUGAACAAUCCUACCACGAGUCAGAGCGGUCCCCAGCAUCUUGCCGCUCCGGGCGUUGGUGCUUCUGGAAACUCGUCUGGCUUUACAACCCUCCGGACUGGCAACGGAAAUGGAGAUAAUGCUGAGGCCUUCCCGACUUUUAAUCCCCCCCCAAUCACUGAUCAAGCCGCCAACACUCUGCCCGCUCCUGCCCAGCAGGUUACUACCCAGCCUACUGCUACUACUGGUGUCCAGCCUGCCGCUGAUGCCAAGGCAGUCGAUGUUGUGAUUCCACCACAAAUGAUGAUGCCCGCCCCAGUCAAUACCCAGCCCCUCACCACCGUGGUUCUGCCCAGCAGCCGCCCCAGCAGAGUCAAGAAGGUUUGGACCAAGGCUAAGCGCGCAGCCAAGGCACUCAAACCAACGAAGGCGAUCAAUGUCCUCAAGGGAUUGGGCGGCAAGAUUUCCAACGUCCUCCGCGGCAAGAAGUCCAAGCACUAGCUUUGAGUUUAUGGAGCAACCCUGGGAAUAGCUUGGUAUGUUUGCAUAAAGC